AUGUUCCUGAUAUUAAUUUUAUUCAUAGUACUAUGCUUCGCACUUUGGAUUUACACGCGCUGGAAUCAUGUGAAGCAUUACUGGGCAAAGAGAGGAGUACCAUACCUCCCACCACAUCUUAUUUUAGGAAGUCUAACGUUCUUGCAGCGACAAAACACGGGGUUAUGGAUGCGUGAGAUGUACGACCGCUUCAAGUCUCCGUACGUCGGCGUGUGGUUGUUUUGGCGACCGGCUUUAAUCAUCAACUGUCCUGAAAUCGCUCGCCGAGUACUGAUUAAGGACGCUGCGAUUUUUAGAGACAGGUUGCUGAGUUCCGGCAAAGGAGAUCCCAUUGGAGGCUUGAAUUUGUUCACUGUUAAUGAUCCUCUCUGGUCAUUACUAAGAAGACGUCUUACUUCAGUGUUCACUGCGGCGAAGCUUAAAAAUGUACACGGGCUCGUGACCUUAAAAACCAAAGAACUCGUUCAGAGAAUUGGAAUGGAAAUGGAUAAAAAUAAAUGUGUGAAUCUAAGGAUGGUGUUAUCAGACUAUACUACCGACAUCAUUGGAACUACGGCAUUCGGUAUAGCCUCAGAUGCAACACUUACCAGCGAGGGGCCUCUAAGGGUAAUCACAAAGGAAUUCUCGACAUUUAAUUUGUAUAGAGGUCUGAACUGGUGCUGCAUAUUCUUCAUACCAGAACUGGUUGAUAUCCUUGGUUUUUCAUUUUUCCCGAAACACGCCACCAAGUAUUUCAGAAAAAUAUUUUGUUCUAUUGUGGACCAGCGUGGCGGAUACGAUGCAGAGAUCAGAGAGUCCAAAGACUUGCUCGAUGCUUUGCGAAAAAUGAAACAGGACUGCAAAAAAGAGAACGAAGAUAUAUCUGAAGACACUUUGAUUGCACAAGCAGCAAUAUUUCUCUUGGGUGGUUUCGACACAACUGCAUCGGCUUUAUCUUAUUGCCUCUAUGAGAUUGCAUUUGUUCCUGAAAUACAGGAAAAACUGUACAAGGAACUUAAAGAUGCUGAAAGGAAUAGUGGAAACACCGAAUUUAAUGCAAAACUUUUAUCUGAACUGGUAUAUUUAAACUGUGUGAUAAAAGAAACAUUAAGAAAGUACGCACCAAUGGGGUGGUUAGAUAGAAUCGCAUCCAAGGAUUACCAAAUUGAUGAAAACCUUACCAUCACUGCGGGAACACCAAUAUAUGUCAAUGGUAUUGGCAUGCAUUACGAUCCCGAAUUUUUCCCUAAACCAGAAAUUUUUGAUCCCGAUCGCUUCUUACCAGAGAAUGAAAAACAAAUAAAUGCUAUGUGUUAUUUGCCGUUUGGUGAAGGCCCAAGACAUUGCAUAGGGCGUCGCUUUGCCGAACAAAAUUUACGCUCUGCUCUUGCAGCGAUCGUAUUUAAUUUUGAGCUCCGUCCCAAGCCGAAUGCUCCUUUACCUUCUGAAACUGAACCCGAAAAGAAAGGAAUGUUCCUUAUGCCCGGGCAACAUCUUUACUUGGAGUUUAUACCGAGACACGCACUCAACCAAUAA